AUGUCGACCAACCCUAGAAGCCGUAGCCUGCUGGAACUUCCAGUUGACGUGAUGCUGUGCAUCCUAGAUCACGCGGAGCUUCACGCCUUGUUCUUCCUUUCACAGACCUGCAAGACCAUGCAACGCCUAGCGAAGAGGGACUUCCGCACCAUGGCCAACACCAACGUUGAAGGCAAAGUCGACUUCUUGCUUGGUCUCGCAUACGUACUGCCGGACCUCUAUUUCUGCAGGCAGUGCUGUAAGCUUCACACGGUCAACCGUCCCCCCACCUCAGUAAUACCCCUUCUGUGCCGGGAUAACUCGAUCAACCAUCGGUGCAGUUGGAUCAGCUACGAUGUUCAACACCAGCACGUUCAACUUGCCCUAAAAUAUAACCGCCUUGGGGAAUUGUAUAGAGAUGCACUUGUACUGAUUAUGCAGCCUUAUUACAAGUCAUGCUUCGGCAGCUAUUGGGGAUCAUACGUGAGCUUCUCUGCCACGCCCGAGAUUCAAAGUGGUCGUUUUCUCCUACAUGAAAAAUGGCACCUCAACGCCAACCUCGAUCCGUCGCCCUGGCGCUCGAAUGUUUACAUCCCUAUCUGCAACCACCUGGACUUUAUGGGUCGUAAGCCGCUCGCUCGUCCCAUUGGGAGGUUACAGGGUGCAUCAUGGUCUUUAAUACGCCAUGUAACGGGAUUUGAGGAUUUGAAACAGGAACCAAGGCGCUCACCUCGUGGUUCUUGCAAAGUAUGCUUGACAAGUUACGAUUGCAGUGUCUCCAAAGCAAACGGAGUUAUUAUAAAUGCAACGCAUGACUACGGUUCAUUCAGUUCACUGGAUGAGUGGAAGAGGCGCCGUCGAAUAAGACACGGAGUUUGGAUUUCAAGCACGACGGACUUCGUUUUCGUCGAAAACGUUUCGGGAGAGUUUGACGCUCACUGA